UAUAUCGGCACCGAACCAUAAGACAAACGCAGCAGAAGAAAAGAGAGAGAGAGAAAGAGAGAGACGUAGAAAGAGAAGAUACGAGAUAGAGAGAGAAAGAGAGAAAGCUCGUGGAAGAUCACUGUCUCCUACAAUGCCUGUGAAGACGAGCUUCUCGGCGGCUGAGAUUCCCGAUGAGGAAGUGGAAGACAAAGACCAACCUCGCGACCGAUUUAACCCGGAAGCUGAAGAGAACGAGGAAGAGGAUCUAGAAGAGAAGGUUGAGAAGAAAGACGAAGAAGAAGAAGGAGACGAUGCGGAAGUGAAACGCGACGAAGCGGACGAAGAAGAAGAAGCAGAAGAAGCAGACGAAGACGAAGAAGAAGACGAAGCAGACGGCGAAGAAGAAGAAGAUGAUGUUGAAGAUGAAGAUGCAGAGGAGGAACAAGAAGAAGAAGAAGAAGAAGAAGAAGGUAAAGAUUCUAAGGAAAAAAGUUCAUCUCCGAACUCAGGAGAACAAUCAGAAUUUAUGGAUAUUGAUCUAGGGGAAAUCCGUAAAGACGUGCAGUGUCCGAUAUGCCUAGGAAUUAUAAAGAAAACAAGGACUGUGAUGGAAUGCUUGCACCGGUUCUGCCGGGAAUGCAUUGAUAAGUCAAUGAGAUUGGGGAACAACGAAUGUCCUGCUUGCAGGAAACAUUGUGCAAGCCGGCGUUCUCUGAGAGACGACCCAAAAUUUGAUGCUCUCAUUGCAGCUCUGUUCACAAACAUUGAUAGUUAUGAGGAAGAGGAAUUGGCUUUUCACGAAGAUGAUAAGGCUCGUAAUAAGCAGAUUCAAGCAUCUAUAGCUGAAAUAUCACAACGACAAUCUGAGGCUCUUGUGAAAAGAAGAUCUUUUGGUAAAGAGGCAGCAGUUCUAAUGAGAUCACAGCGUAGUGCUAGUGGCUCCAGAAGGAGAAGGAACUGCAGAAACAUGGAACAAAACGCAUUAGAAACCCAUGAGGAUGAUAAUAAUGAUGAUAAUAACAACAACGGAGGAGGAGGAGGCAAAGAUUCGUCGUCAGAUGAGCGUGGUGCAGAAGUCCGGCAGAGAAAACGAAGAAAGCGAUCUACAAUUCGUUCAACACAACACCCUUCUUCUUCAGGUGCAAACAACAAUAACAACAAUGGUAACUGCGCAGAUAACGACACCGAAGUGUAUAGAGACAGCAAAGGAAUAUCCCCUGGGCUUGAGUGGAAUCCUGAGAUACUUGCUUGGGGAAGAGGUGGUACAAGGAGUAACACAAGGCAUGGGAAUAAUACACCAGGAGGUAGUGUUAAGAGUCUGAGGAAUGCUCGUGUGAAUAAACUUGUGGAAUAUCUACGCAGCAACGUAGAUGGUAACAGUUUAGAGCUGGAUAUUCAUCUCAAGCUUGUCUCACUAGAUACAAAUUGUGUACCAGACUUACCGCAGCCAUAUCUCCGUUGCCGACCCACUUUGCUUGUAAAACAGCUCCGAGAAUUUGUAGCACUUCAGAUGCAUUUGAAGUCUGAAGAGGUUGAAUUGUUGGGAACAAGAAGAUUAGGAGGAGAAGAUAAGGAAAUAGAGAAUCUCCCUGUAGUGACUUCAGCUUCAGCAGCAGUAGCAUCCAAAGAUGAGAUGCAAAGUCUGGAAGACAAUGAAACAUUGUCAAGGCUCAAAGUCGAUUUCUUUUCAAGCCAUGAACAACAUUUGAUCAUAGCUUAUCGGCAAAAGCAAACCGAGUGAAGAAACUUGGAGCCUUUAAGGACGUGCUGCAAACAACGUAUAUAUAUAAACAGAUGGAUCAGGGCUUGUUGCUAGAUUAUAUAUCUCAUUUGGUUUUUUAUUCAAGUAGUUAAAUUCUAUGGAGGUUUACAUUUGUGUCACUGUUUUUCUUUCUUACUCGUUGUAGACGUUGCUUAGUAUUAUAUAAAGAGCAAGUUUUUAUAAGGAAAUCUUCUU